GCUAUUCCGGAACCCCAAGCGCCACAUAGCAACCGUAUACUAUGUAUAUCAGACUACUUUCAUUUUCACUUUGUCCAGUAUUCAGCUUGGCAUCAUACAUUUCAUGAGUGUGGUGACGUCUUCCGAUGUAAAUCAUGAAGACGAGACUGUUAAUCUUUUGACUACAUCAGGUGAAAUACAAUGAGUGAGGACACAGAAGAAAAGAAGAAGCUGGCAUCUUUUGUCAAAUCUGUUCACAAGGAUCUCAGGAAAAAAUUCAAAACAGGUGAAAAAGACAUACAUGACAUAUGGAAAGAACAUUGCAAAAAUACAGACAACCUGCGAGAUUAUUCGGAGGCGAUGCAGAAACUGGCAACGGUUCACUGGGGUGACCAGCAAUCGGAGCGGAUCCAGUGGUGCAGGAAUACCGUGGUGGAGUAUUUCAGUGGCGGCGGACAGAAGAAGUGCAUCGAGAAAGACUGUAAAAGACUCCAAAGGCAAACGACAGUAGCAGAAUUCCCUCCAGAUAGAAGUGACAUACUUAAGGCACAGUCAACAACAUGCCGCUUAGAUAUUAGCGAACACCUUCAUAUAGCCCCGUCCGUACCGGAGAAACCACUUGUUCUGGACGUCGGGAGCUGUUAUAAUCCCUUUAAAGAAGUUAGCGAGUUUGAGGUCAUUGGCAUCGACCUUUAUCCGGCGACCGAGGAUGUCUAUCAGUGUGACUUUCUGACUCUGGAAAUCCACGACGAUGAGAAAAACACAGAAGUUAUUCAUUCCCUCUCAUCACCGAUUACUCGUCUGCCAUCUUGUGGGUUCAACGUCAUCAUUUUCUGCCUUCUUCUAGAAUAUUUUCCAAGUCGUCAUCAGAGAUGGAAAUGUUGCACUCAAGCUCACAAACUGUUGGCGCCACAUGGCCUUCUCAUAAUCAUAUCUCCAGACUCCCACAAACAACAUAGAAAUUCGUCGAUGAUUCGGAAUUGGACAGCAGCAAUAACAUCUCUGGGAUUUUCAAAAUGGAAAUACGAAAAAUUGCAACACAUACAUUGUAUAGUGUUUCGGAAAACUAAAUUAGAAUGUAGUGCUAAAGAUGAGAUGGCUGAUCUAAUGGUUAUACACCAGGAUGCUCUAGAGGAGGGCUUAGAGGAUGAAACCUGCACGAAUAGGGAUCCUGUAAGGGAGAGGAACGAUGAAGAAAUUAGACAAGCAAUGUUCGCAUUACCAGGUCGUUUUUCAGAUUCGGAAGACUGACGCAAGUCUAAAAACAAACAUAUUUCUUCUUCCUCUGUAGAAAUGAGUUUGACUAAAACUUGUGGAUUGUAUUUGAUGAAUUCGGUCAAAUCUGCCAGCAUUUUAAAAAUAAGAUGAUGAAGAAUU